UUGGGUCCCUGUCAGCUAUGUUGCUGGGUUUACUUGGCCGUCGGAAGCCGACCGUGAGGUGAAGUCCCUAUGAAUCCGGUCACCACGGCAGUGCGCAAGUUUUUCCGCUUGAAGAGGAGAAAGUGUGCGGCGCCCUUGGACUCUGCCGGCAGCCAGCCGUGGGGCCAGCGGGGCUUGGCGCUUGGUGACACUAACCCUGGCACUCCGGACCCGCGGUACCAGGUCCGGGAGCAGGACCUCGGAGAGAUCCACAAAGCGGCCUGGUCGGGAAACGUGCGGGAGGUUCAGCGCCUUCUCUCGCUCGGGAGAAAUGACUUGGAUCGGAGAGACGGACACAGCAGGACUCCCCUACAUCUGGCCUGUGCCAAUGGCCAAGUAGGAGUCGUAAAAGUUUUAGUAAAGAGAAAAUGCUUCCUUAACCUCUGUGACCGUGAAAACAGGACAGCGCUGAUGAAGGCUGUCCAGUGCCAGGAAGAGGAAUGUGUCGCUGUUCUGUUAGAAAAUGGCGCUGACCCGAAUGUGAUGGAUUUAGAUGGCAACACUGCACUCCACUAUGCUACCUCUGGAGACAUAUCAAUAGCAGAACAACUGCUUUCUCAUGGUGCAGAUGUUGAAGCGAGAAACAAGGAUGACCUCACACCACUGUCACUUGCCAUAAAUGAAAACAAGGAGGAAAUGGUGGCCUUUCUAAUGGAGAAUAAAGCCGAUAUACGUGCAGUGGAUAAGGCAAAAAGCUAUCGUGAAAAAAUGGAUAAGUACAAAGAAGAAUUGAAGCAUAAAUAUCCUGAUCAAAAUGGAAAACAAGGACCAAAGCCAUCCCCAAAUCUAUUCUUACCGAAGACACACAACACAAAAGUGGAAGAGAUAUCUGAAGAGGAGCCUUCAACCAGCCUUUCCAAAAAUUCUGGCCCUGAUGAUUCUUGGCCUUCAUCAGAUGAUGACAUCUUUGGUUUGGAACCCAAGGUUUCCCCAAAGCCCAACUUAGUGAAGUUGCUUCAGCUGUCUCAGCGAUUGAGGAACCAGACAGGUGGAACUACCUUUCUGAAACCAUUAAGUGGGAGGAGUUGCGAGGACAAUCAUUCUAAUAGCGACAGUGAAGGUGUAUCGAAAACUCUUCCUGAGAGAAAAAUUAACGUCACUGCAUAUGCUCCUCCAAGUACGGACAAUCAUUCUAAUAGUGAAGGGGAAGGUGUGUCUGAAACUCCUUCUAAGGGGCCAGUGAAAGUCAAGGAGUGUUCUUGUGCUACCACAAACAAUAGUGAUGAUAAUGGAGGGGAAGGUGUGCCUAAAACGCCUCCGAAGACACCAGUGAACGUCAAGGAGAGUCCCUGGCCAGCCAUUCCAUCGUCUGAUGUGCCUUUUAAGUUAACAACUUCAGAUGUCACAAAGGAAGAGGAAACAAAGUCAGAAACUAGACAAAAGAAAAGUAGUGUUGCUAUUAUUAAAGUUCCCGAACGAGAGCAAAUGGAUAAUGGCUUCGUGACUUACAUCAGUGGAGAACAAGAGGAUAAUUCAACCCGUAUGAUGUCAAUAUUAGGAUUAGGAGAAGAAGAAGAAGAAACAGAGUCACCGUGGGAUUCUGAGAGUAUACCUGAGAGUCCUCCACAGAAGCAUGUUGAAGAUUUAUUUGCAACUACAGAUGUGAAAGUAGAACAUUUAUCAAAAAGUCAAGAUGUGUUUUACAUACCCUCUUGCAUGAGUGGACCAAGGAAUAUUAAGAUGGCUAAACUAGAGGAUACGAGAAAUGUAGGCAUACCAGGAGCCCACGUAGAUUCUCCUAAGAAAAAUCUGCAUUUGAAGACUACCAAAACUGCUUCUCCUCAUGAAGUGCUGGCAAGCAAGGAUUUAAAAACAUCCAAAUCAGCAGAAAUAGACUUAAAAAUGAGUCCGAAGGAAGAGGACAAAUGUAAUGAACGUAAAAGUAAUGAGUCACAGGUUCGGGAAGAAAAGAAUAAGGUCAAAAGCAGUACACGGAAAGGACCAGAAAACACACAUCAGUUAGCUGCUGACUUUGAUGAUGAUGGGUUAAUUAAAAAAGGAAAGAGUGAAGAAACUGGUAAACGAUUUCCUGUUGAGGAGAAUGAAGAUUCUGAUGGUAGUAGUCUUGACUUGCCUAUGUUGGAAGUAAAGAAAUAUGAAAGUCAAAAUUGGACCCCAACCUCAUCUGCAGUUACACCCGUGGUGGAGAAGGCUAAUGUGCUGUGUGGUGUUCUUCCAGAAGUGAAUACUCCUGACAGCAGUUUCAGCGAAACUGAUCAGGAGGAAGGAAGGCCUGCAAAGAAAACAUCUGAUAUGAAGACCAAGGUCUCGAAGAACAUGGGUUGUGUGCAGGACGACGAGUGCUGGUCUCUGACCUCUGAAACGGCCUCAGAGGACUGUGUGCUACCGAACUCGGUGACGCUACUGGAGCAACUUGCCAUGAGUUGUAAUGAUUCCCUUAAUCUGUUGAAAAUUCAGGAUGCAAUUCUUUCCUAUGAAAGAGUAAUCGAACUUAAAAAAAAUCACUGUGCACUACUCACAAGAAAAAUGAAACAAAUGGAAACUAAGUGUUGUGCACUUCAAAUGGAGCUAAGAGAAACAAAAGAAAUAAAAGUAGAGUUGGAGAAUGAAAAAAUGGAAUGGGAACAAGAACUCAGCAAUUUGAGAUUUGCCUUAGCCCAAGAAGAAGAGAAGAGAAGAAAUGCUGAUAUAUUAUUUGAAGUAACUAAAGUUCAGUUGAAGCAAAAAGAAGAGGAAUAUAAUAAUGAGGUUAAGGUGAAACAGCAACUUGAACACACUCUGAGCACUCUGGAUUUAGAAUUGAAGACUGCAAGAAGCAAUUUGAAUAAGAUUGUAGAAGAACGGGAUGACACCCAGAAGCAACUUUCUCAGGAGCAGAAUGCCAGAAUAUUACAAGACGGAAUUCUGAGCAAUCAUCUUUGCAAGCAAAAGGCAAUAGAGAUGGCUUACAAGAAAAAGAAUUCUGGGGGUGCCUUCAGAAAAAUGGUCCAGGCCAAGCAGUGCCUUAGAAGGGGAUCUACUGAGCAGAAUAAAUGCAAGGUUCCUAGUAAAGACAAAGAUGAUUCACAGCAAAAUCACGUUUUGCAGAAUAAAAUUGACAUUUUAACACUGGAAAUAGAGACAUUGAAAAAUCAGAGUCAAGCAAAAGAAAAGAAAUAUUCUGAGGACGUUGAAUUUAUAAAAGCCAAAAAUGAUGAUCUUCAAAAGACUUUAAAAAAGAGUGAGGAAACAUUCUCCAGAACAGCCUUUCAACUGAAUGAUCUGACAGCUGAGAAUGCUAUGCUACACUCCAAAUUGGAGACUGAAAAAUUAAACAAGAAAAGACUAGAAACAGAAAUGGACUCCUUACAGUCUAGACUGGCUGCUGCUGUGCAGAAUCACGAGCAGAGUCAGAAGUCCAAAGCAGACUUACACCUUUCCUUCCAGAUGGCAAGAGACGAGUUGCUUCAAACACGGAACAAAAUGAGCUUAGACUUGUCUAACCUAAAAGAAAACAACGACGCUCUUUGUCAACAGCUUUCUGUAACUGAAAGUAAAUUGAGUAGCCUAGAAAAUGCAUUCAUUCUCACAAAAGAUACACUCCGAGAAAAGAUGCUGAAUUUAGAACGUGUACAGAGAGACUUCAGCCAAGUACAGGGUCAAAUGAAGGAAAUGGAGCGCAGGUAUCAGAAUGAAAAAGAAAAAGUGCGUGAAUCCAUUACAGCACAGAAACUCAUAAAUGAAAAAUUAACCAGUCUACAGGCUGAAAAUAAUUUACUUCAAAAGCAAGUGGAUGAGGCAGAAAAUAAAGCCGACUGUAAGGAAAGGAAAGUCGUGAAUCUCCAAGAUCAGCUGCAUGCAAUUGUAAAAACGCUUAAAGAGGAGAGUAAAAAAAGUCACACGCUCGAGGAGAGAGCUAAGGCGCUGACCAGCGAGUGCAUUCAUUUAAAAGGACAAAUAUAUCAGUACGACAGCGAGAAGGCAGAAAGAGAAGCAGGUCUGAAACAAAUUCAACAAGAACUGACUGAGAGCAUUAAAAAGCAUUCCAUGUCGGAGGCUUCCCUGGAGGUUGCAGCUCAUUAUCGGGUGACUUUAGAAGACCAGGUACAGGACUUAAAGAAGAAAAUAGACCAAAUCAGGUGUCAGUAUGAAGAAUUACAGUGUCAACAUGCUGAGGCAAUGCAAAAUGCUGAGAGGACACAAGAUAACAUGCAAAAGCAGGAGGUGGAAAAUGUGACAUUAAAAGCUACAAUCAAAUUGCAAGAGGACAAAAUUGAAACCCUUCAUCAAAGCCUAUUAAGUAAACGUUUGUCAGAAGAUGAAAAUGAAAAAUUGAGAAAAUCUUUGGAACAUCGUUUGGACCAAGAAACACAUAAAAACAAUGAAUUAGAAAAGGAUAUUGCUGGCCUUAAGAAAUCAUUAAAAGAAACAAAAAAGAAGUUGAAUGAAUACGAAACUGGAGACCUUUGUUUCCUUGGAGACUUACAAACAAGGAACAUCGAGCUGGAAAGUCAGAUGACCCCGUUACAAGAGAAGCAGAUUAAUAAUCUUACAGAACAACUGGAAACUUCAUAUUCAAAAUGUCAACACUUGGAAAUACAAAAGCAAGCCCUUCAACAGGAAUUAGUAGCUGUGAAAGACGUACAAAGGAAAUGUGGAAAACUGGAGAAGAGGAAGGACAAGUUAGAACAGAAAGUUGGACACCUCAGAAGUCAACUGGAAAAGAGUGCGAUAGACUACGCUCAAGUAGAGCAGUAUAAGCGGGAUGUUGAGGAGAAGGCCACGCAGGAAUUAGUAGAAAAACUAAAACAAGUCAACCUGUUUUUACAGACGCAAGCAGUUUCCCAAGAGAACUUAGAGUAUUUAAGAGAAGAACAUAAUGCUUCAAUGAGAAGUCAGAUGGAAAUGAGAAUGAAUGAGCUAGAAUCUGAACUUUCUAAAAUGAAAACUUCCCAAAAUGAUUCUCAGAAAACAGAAACAGAAAAAUACAAAGAACUCUAUUUUCAAGAAUUACAACUGAAAACGGAAUUGUCAAGUAAACUAGAAAAGGCCAAUGAGAGACUCUCAGACAUCAGUGGAAAACUAGCCAUGGAAAAACAACAGAACCAACAGAACCAGUCUUUCCUCAACAGCCUCAUGACAAGACCCGCCCUGGAGACACCUUUUGUAGGAACUGCUCAAAUUAGUUCUGUGUUUGCUAGAAAUCUCCCCCGAGAAUAUAUUGGGGUUUCUCCCACAAGUAGGCACUGGCAUCCAACCGAUAACAUCGACACCUACCUGGCUAAGAUGCAGGAGGAAUUGCAAAACAAUAUAACUAGAGAACUGGAGGAAGAUUAUAAACUGUUCAGUGAGGCUUGGUUAAAACCUUCUUCAAAUAUAUGGAUUCAUGGACUAUCAAAUCAGAGUCAGACAUGACAUGAAAGUCCUUAGGUGGAAUCAGACCCCAGUUGGCAUUGCUGGCGCCAGGCCUUCGUUGUGGAAUGGGGGGGCUGAUGGACAGACGGAUGCUGCAGUCGUUGUGCUCAGUGUUAGCUGGCAGAAGACAUCUCAAAGUCACAGACGGCUUCUCAUGAGGCAUCAUUCAUAUUAACUCAUCAGGUGUGCGUGUGAGAGGGAACAGGGAGGGAGCUGCAUGACUACAUCUAGUGAUAAGCCAGCUGUCAGAAGCAAUAAAUACUCUAAAAAUC